UCAGGGGGUCAGCGGCGGGUGCUUUGCCUUCCGCGGGCCGCGGGGCACGAUGUUUUGCUGUCCCUGCCGCCUCCUCAGGGCCUCCGUAGCGCCCACCGCGGCCCUGGCUGCGGCGCUGCUUUCGUCGCUCGCGGGCUCCUCUCUGCUGGAGCCGAAGGACCAGGUGGCCUCGGCGCUCAGCCCCUACUUCGGCACCAAGACUCGCUACGAAGAUGUCAACCCCGGACUGCUGUCGGACCCCGAGGCGCCGCAGCGGGACCCAGAGCUGCUGGAGGGGACCUGUACCCCGGUGCAGCUGGUCGCCCUCAUCCGCCAUGGCACCCGCUACCCCACGGCCAAGCAGAUCCGCAAGCUGAGGCAGCUGCAUGGGCUGCUGCAAGCCCGUGGGCCCGGGGAUAACAGGACGGGCAGUGCCAGCGGUCGCGGCCUGGGCGCCGCGCUAGCUGACUGGCCGCUGUGGUACGCGGACUGGAUGGAUGGGCAGCUGGUGGAGAAGGGACAGCAGGACAUGCGACAGCUUGCGCUGCGUCUGUCCUCGCUCUUCCCGGCUCUCUUCAGCCGCGAGAACUAUAGCCGCCUGCGACUGGUCACCAGCUCCAAGCACCGCUGCGUGGACAGCGGCGCCGCCUUCCUGCGCGGGCUGUGGGAACACUACCAUCCUGGGUUGUCACCUCCCGACGUCGCAGAUAUGGAGUGUGGACCUCCUAGCAUAAAUGACAAACUAAUGAGAUUCUUUGAUCAUUGUAAGAAGUUCUUAACCGAAGUAGAACGGAAUGCUACAGCUCUUUAUCAUGUAGAAGCCUUCAAAACUGGACCAGAAAUGCAGAGCAUUUUAAAAAAAGUUGCAGCUGUUUUGCAAGUGCCAGUAAACAAUUUAAAUGCAGAUUUAAUUCAGGUAGCUUUUUUCACCUGUUCAUUUGACCUGGCAAUUAGAGGUGUCAAAUCUCCUUGGUGUGAUGUUUUUGACAUAGAUGAUGCAAAGGUAUUAGAGUAUCUAAAUGAUCUGAAACAGUAUUGGAAAAGAGGAUAUGGAUAUACCAUUAAUAGUCGAUCCAGCUGUACCCUAUUUCAGGAUAUCUUUCAGCACCUGGACAAAGCAGUUGAAGAGAAGCAAAGGUCUCAACCAGUUUCUUCUCCAGUCAUCCUUCAGUUUGGUCAUGCAGAGACCCUUCUUCCACUACUUUCUCUCAUGGGCUACUUCAAAGACAAGGAGCCCCUAACAGCUUAUAAUUACGAGGAACAAAUGCAUCGAAAGUUCCGAAGUGGUCAUAUUGUACCUUAUGCCUCCAACCUAAUAUUUGUGCUUUACCAUUGUGAAAAUGCUAAGACUCCUAAAGAAGAAUUUCAAGUGCAGAUGUUAUUGAAUGAAAAGGUCUUGCCCUUGGCUCACUCACAAGAAACUGUUUCUUUGUAUGAGGAUCUGAAGAACCACUACAAAGACAUCCUCCAGAGUUGUCAAACCAGUGAAGAAUGUGAAUUACCAAAGGUGAACAUCACAUCUGAUGAGCUAUGAGUAAUUGGAGAGCAUUUUUAGUUCAUCAGUGCUUCCCCAUAGGGAAUGAUUACAUUUGUAAUAGGUAGACAAUAUCUUGAUUACAGAAGCUUUCAUAUUACUUGGCUAUUUCUGUCUUUUCACAGAAAAACUUUUGGGGGGGGUCUGAUAGGUAGGUAAGAAAUGAUUUUCACUGGAGCAGCUCUCUUAAGAAAAAAAUCUAUUCAGAGAAACAACUAACACUGCAAUUGUUUACAGAAAUGAAGUUUUUCCAACUUACAUGAGAAACCUCACACUGAAGUAGAAUGAUUUUAAAAUGAUACUUGCAAAGUCCUGGAUCAUCAAAACAUGUCACUUGAAUGAUCCAUAAUUUGAUUUAACUGGUCAAAUUGUGCUACAGAUUUGCUUAUCCCAGGUGGGACAGUUCUAGUAUUAAUUGUGUCUCUUAAUCAGAAAUAUUGUGAUUAAGUAGGACUACCACUUUAGAAGAAAACUAGUAUCUAAUAGUUGAAACUGUUAAGAAAGGGACUGAUUUAAAAGGGGAUCUUCACUGGGAGAGUUGGCACACGCCUGUAAUCCCAGCAAUUUGAGAGGCUGAGGCAGGAGAAUCUCAAGUUCAAAGCCAGCCUCAGCAAAAGUGAGGUGCUAAGCAACUGAGUGAGACCCUGUCUCUAAAUAAAAUACAA